AUGCAGGGCUUGCGGUACAGCGAUGCAGGAAUUUCGGCUGGACAAGUCUUAGACCCGAAUGUUCCAGAAACAUCAACCAAACCUCCUCAUCUCGGAAGGGUAGACUCUCCGAGGCCAGCGCUCGAUGAAGCAGUUGAGAAGUCCAGCCUCUUUGAAAACCCUCCGAACCUUGCAAGAAUCCGGCAGGUGAUGUUCGAAUGUAAGGAUCCGAUUGAGAUCAGCUUGGAGGAGUUCGAAACCUACUGGCCCUUCAUUGAUAAUGUCUGGGUCAAACAAAGAUCCAAUGCUAGCAAAGAAGGACACUGUACAACGGACUAUUACAUGUGCCGCUUGCGACGCCCGACGCAUCGUACAUCAGAAACACGUCCUUUACCCGAAGGCAAACGUCCGCGCAGGAAAAGAGUACGAGAAGGUGGGAUCUGCAACUUCCAAAUCAAAGUUAUCAAAUUUGAAGGAGCAUAUUCUACAGUCACUAUUUCCAGAACGCCUGGAAGCGGCAAUAUACAUUCGCACGAUCUUGAUUACAUUGACAAGGUAAAACGGAAUUCAGGUCUCAUGGAGUUCGCUCGAAGGGAAGCCAUAAAGGGCUACUUGCCAUCGUCCAUUUUCACCAAAUUUCAGGAGGAACCACAAAAGCUUGUCGAGGCAGGGGGGAAGUUCUUCACAGUCACGGAUGUCCGAAACGUCUCGGCCAAGUGGCGAAUACAAAAUCCGGAAGUUCAGCUAGUGCCUCACAUUGGGUACGAGUAUCAGAAGGGACACGGCAUUGUGAAGAUGCAAAGCUUAGAAGACACAGCAAAUGAUGGCCAUACGAAUUCGUCAUUAACAAACUUCAAAUCUCCUCUCCCUCCAGACACCCUGCCAUUCCCUCAGUUUCCAUUGGAAUUUCUGGAGCCUUAUCUGCCAAAACACAAUGAUGAGAAACGGCCCUUUCCACACGUGACCUUGUCAUAUGCAUCCUCCAUGGAUUCGAAGAUAUCGCUUUUACCAGGAAUGCAGACUGUGCUUUCAGGCCCGGAAGCAAAGUUGAUGACGCACUACCUCCGAUCGCGGCAUGACGCUAUAUUAGUUGGAGUAGGGACUGUACUUGCUGACAACCCGGGAUUAAAUUGUAGACUAGAAGGGGCUGGUGGGUUCGGUGGCCUUGGCCGAAUGUGGCAACCCAGGCCCGUUGUCAUUGACCCGACAGGGAGAUGGCCUAUUCAUCCCAGCUGCAGGAUGUUACGGACAGCUGUCGAAGGCAAAGGGAAGGCUCCAUGGAUCGUGGUAUCGCCUGGGGCGCAAAUUCACCCCCAGAAACUGAUGGUUCUGAAGGGGUAUGGGGGUGACUUUCUUCGAAUCGUGGAAUACAACCAGAAUUGGCGACUACGGUGGGAAGGCAUUCUGCGUGCACUCGCAUCUGAGGGCGUCAAGAGUGUGAUGAUUGAAGGCGGUGGGACAGUCUUGAGCGAGCUGCUGAAUCCCGAGUAUACUGAUUUCAUCGACUCGAUUAUCGUGACCGUUGCUCCGACCUACCUUGGUCGCGGGGGGGUAGGGGUGAGUCCGGAUUCCAAACAAGAUGAACAGGGCAAACCAAAUGCUGCGCUGAAUCCUAAAGAUGUUUCAUGGACACCUAUGGGACAGAAUGUUAUUAUGUGCGGAAAGAUCCGAGACUCGUCCACACCUUCUGACACGACAGAAACCGCAGCGACUCAGGUAAUCCCUAGCGAGGGCACCUAG